AUGCCACACGGAACUUACGGGUGUAAUGGAGGGAAAAGCCCGCCCUUUAAGCUAUGCAGCAAAGCAAGAAUCAAGUACACAAUGCCUGGCUUUUAUUUUGUGCUGCUGGGAAGCUUGCUACGCUUGUCCUGUGCAACGCCAGCGGAACUCGAAUUCGACACUAGCGCUGGCGAAAAUUUUCCCUCGAGGCACCUGCAACAGUCUGCUUACUCUGUACAACCAAGGGUGGGACACAGAGGGGAAGAACCGGUCACUACUGCAGAUUUGAGCUCGACCUCGACCCCCUUCAGUGCACACCCUGACCGUGAGCUUAACACGGGCAAGGCGAAACGCUAUGCUGUUGAAAACGACGGCAAAGUAAAGGGAGACAGCAAAAGACCAGAAAUAUUCGUACAAGCACGUCAAAUUCAGUUUAAUCCCGGGGGGACGAAGUGGGUUGAGCUGAAAGUGGAGGUGCUGGGAUCGGACGGGAAAAUUAAUAGGCGAUACGACGGCGGUGUAGCUGCCUCGCUCAUUUUAGCUGAGUCAGAUGCAACUCCAGUGAGAUCCCUAGUGGCGACUUUGGAGGACGAAAACGGGGUAACUGCUGAAAGGGCAGUGAGCAUAGCGUCAAGCGUCGCCACUAACGGAGUGGCCGUUCUGCACUUCAGUCCCCCAACUGACGGCGUAUACCGGUUUAAUAUCACCUGCGGAGGCUGCAAUCAAAAACUAAAUACAGAGAAGCAAUAUUUCUCAGCAGGAACGAACGCCGUUCUAAAAGUCACGUCACAGCCCUCAGGGGCGAGCAGUGGGGCAAUAUUGGAAUACCAGCCUGCAGUGCAACUGGAAGACCGAGACGGAAGGCCGCUUGAAGUGAAAACUACUAUUGUAGCCAACAUCAUCCCCGUAGGCCCUCAUACUAAGGAAGAGGUCCCUUUGGACACUUGGACUCUGGAAACGGACGAAUUUGGGUACGCCAAAGCCAGUGGCAUACGCGUAACCAAGGCAGGCCAGCACAUAAUUCAGUUUGUGACCACGCUGUGGCAGGACACCCGUCUUGAAGUGUCCUCGGCCUCUUUUGAAGUGGUUCCAGGACCUGCCGCGGCAGCCACUUUCUCCAUAAAUCCUCCUCUAAGGGUUCUCAUUCGUGAGCCAUUUAGCAUUGUGGCGGUCUUAGUGGAUUCAUAUGGAAACGAAACGGCGAGCCCCCCUGAAUUACAGAGGAACGGCGACCCUGUGGAAGUUCAUCUAGGUGCCUUCAACAAGGCUGGCCAAAGAGUUCCACUGCAUGGUCAUACAAGACAGGUAACAUGCACGUUGUGCCCCAAAGGUGCACCCAGCUCUUCAGCAGAAAUCCACGUGGCUUCAGCCUCAAGGGUUCACGUACAUCAUAUGCCGCUGUUGAUCGAGCGUCGCAUACCAGUUGACGGUGAAGGCGUAGUGCCGUCCCGUGAAUAUUGGGGGCAGUUGCGGAUAUCACUGACGGCAGAGGACUGGAGCUUUGGAGCACCCCAAAAACCCGUUUCGGUGGAAGUUAAGGAAAUCGUUCUACUGGAUCCUCUUCGAGGAUUGACUGGCGAUGAUGGGGGAAAGUAUCUGAGGGUCGAGCCGAAGCGCUUACUAUUUCCUGUAGAGAAUGCAGCAUACCCUCAAAUAUUUUAUGUCCUGCCGUGGAGUCCUGGUGUGGUCGUUGGGAGUGAAGGACUGUCUAAGCCUAUGUCUGCCACACACAUUGGGGCCUUUUCUAUCGAGCUUGACGUGGUUUCUGAGGACCCGUCCUGGUCAUCGACCGCUGUAGUGUUUGAUCUCCCUUCUCCAGCACUUGCGCGUGGAGUAAGCGUGAGCUUUGUUCCUGGGCCAAGGGACCUUAUUGUAUACGCCAAGGAUAGCGACACAAACGAGGUUCUGACUGGCUUCCCUCAGCAGCAGCUUGUUCGAGAGGGAGACGUGAUCGCCUAUACUCUGCGCCUCUCUGCCUGCCCGCUUGAAAAUGAAGAAGUUGAAGUCCGCAUUCACGGCGAUCCCAGCGGCGGCUAUUUCGUGGAGCCAGAGCGUCUGCACUUUUCCGCGACCAACUGGCAGCAGGAACAGACGGUUUCAAUAAAGGUUGAUCAGGAUGACAUUGCUCCAUCUGGAGAUGAGUUAUCCUUCGAAGGGAGCACUAUUGGGAACGCCAUUCGAACUUUGAUACUACACCAUGAAGUUUCCAGCAGUGAGGAAGAUCACGCCUGGUUCAUGCGGGGUGGCAAAGAGGUGGCCUUUUCAGUCUGGGACGAUGAUAUUGCAGGGGUCGACUGGAGAGCGAAUUCGGACUCUCUUGUUCAAUCUGAACACUUCAAACUGGGAUUCCGGCUUCGCUCUCAACCGGUGGCUGACGUUAGUCUGCAGCUGCACUGCGAAGGAACUGAAAUUAUUGCUCAGUUAAAACCUGAUCAAGCCUUCAAAGACGCCUCUUCUAGCUUGAGUUUAAUUGAAGGCGCAGAGCUGGGGAAGAUUACCGUCCAACCUGCAAACUGGCGGACUGAAUACGAGUUUUUACUCCGUCUCAAGAUUACUGCAGAAUCGUCUGCGGCUCAAAGUACAAGGUCCGACGAUCCAAACUACAAUACAAGUGAGCGUACGACACACGAAUUUGGCGUGUCCUCUACAUUCUCAGUGAACUUAACAUUCAAGUCCCUCGCAUUUCUCUUGAAGGGCACGGCAAACCGUGGAGUUGAGUGUUUACCCUGCCCUCCGGGAUACGAAUGCCCCGACCCCAUGGAGCCCCCCAAACCGUGUCCCCAGGAGCAUAUGUCACUGGGUGGCUUCCUGGCAUGCGUGCCGUGUCCUGAAGGCUUCACAUGCCCUGAGGGAACAGCCGUUCCGAAAAAACUCAGACCAGGGUUUUAUCAUGGUAUAUCAGUUGAGGGAUAUGUUAGCAACAAAGGCGCAAGCGAGUGCAUCCCUUGCCCCGCUGGGUUUAAAUGCAAGACCGGUCGAGCAUCGGACUUGGAGGUGAAUUACCACGGACUGACUCUUAUUUUAAACAGAACACUAGGUCACAGAUUCGCCUGCACAGUUCAACAAGGCGGUCUGUUCCGCUCUUUUGGUGGCGAGCCCACUGCAGUCGGACUCAGCGGCAGCGGAGUGGAAACCAACUUCCAUGCCGAAGAUGGAGAUCUCCGCUCUGAUUUCACCUUCGUCGAGCAAAACAUUGCCGACCUGCUCCUUCCUUGCAAAGUUGGAUACUUUUCAGGAGACGGCGAGGCGGACUGCAUUCCGUGCGGGGGAGCAGUGGCAUGCCCGACUCCGUUCACUAGGGAGCAUUGCUUUGUACCUUUUGCAGUGGCUCUUCCUGAUGACCCCACAGAAUGCGUGCCGUGCCCAGCAGGGCAUUCUUGUAGUAAUGGAAUCGUGGAAAGGUGCCCCGACUUUCACUACGCAAGACUGGGCGAAGGUGUAUGCCGACUAUGCAAAGGAGGGUACCUUUGCAAAGGUGGAGCGACAGCACCUGAUGAAGGAGAUUUAGUUCCUAUCGGAUACUACCGCUCAGAACGCGAUGCUCAGGUUCACCCCUGCCCGAGUGGCACUCUGGGGUUGAUACCCGGCGCUACCAGCAAGCAGAACUGCUCUCCAUGCCCUUCUGGGUACAUGUGCGAGAUGAAGGAUGAAGGAGGGGAGUUUCUAAGAUCUUCGGCGGUUGCGUGCCCUCCGGGAUAUGUUUGUUUACCGGAUCCUUUUGCGUGUCCAUGGAUGGAGGAAUUGGACCUUUGCCAUGUCGGUACUCUUCUGUAA